CCGGGCCGGCCAGGGCUCCUAAGCUGAAGGGCCGUGGCUGCCGGCUGGGAAGGGGCGUGGAGGGCUCAGCCAUGGCCGGGUGGCUUCCCGGCUGGGUUCCUGAGGGCAGUGGAGGGUGGGUGUGCUCGCUGUGUUUCCCUGGGCCCCGCGCUCGGCGUGCUCGUGUGUGGCGGCAGCAGCAGCUCCCGCCGCUCCGCCCUGAGGCGAGCGCGCCCCCGAGAGCCGCAUCCAUCGGGGGCCGUGCUGGGAUACACCCCCCGCUUCAGGCGUGCACACCGAGUGCGAUCCCCUCGUCUGGGAACUGAACGUGUGUGCAAGUGGCUCUCUUGGAGAGAAGUUGUACGGCUAUGAGGACAAUUAAUAUGGAUUAGACAUGGGGGAAAGAAUGAUGCUAGACGGUGUUUAAGAUGUAUAUAAAUAACUAAAGGGUGAGUGUCGAGAGGGUGGAUCCAGGCUCUUCUUGGUGGUGCCGAGCAAUAGGACAAAAGGCAAUGGCAGAAACUGAGGCAUAGGAAGCUCCGCCUGGAUAUGGGGAAGAACUUUUCUCCUCUGGUAGUGACCACACUGCACAGGUUGCCCAGAGAGGCUUUGGAGUCUCCCUCACUGGAGAUACUCAAGAACUGUCUGGACACAAUCCUGUGUCAUGUGUGCUGGGAUGACCCUGCUUGAGCAGGGAGGUUGGACCAGAUGACCACUGUGGUCUCUUCCAACCUUCUCCAUUCUGUGAUUCUGUGAACAAAAAGAACAAAGUUCAAACUGGUUGCCACUCUUCACUUGUUACGACCUUCCCUCAAUGCUAUGAAGGUGACCAUUGACUCCUUAAGAAAGUGGUGGUGAACUAACUUGAGAUUUUAUGGUCUAAACUAUAGGUAUUUCAUUGGGGCAAAUACCUGCUAUUAAACUUUUCCUGAAUUUAUGCUUUUAUGACACUUUUGAUCUUUUUGAUUCAACAGUUACAAAAAAAAAUUAUGUGCAUAGUGAAAGCCGUUUAGAGAAAAGAAGUAAAAGGCUGCAGCCUUUUAACUCCUGUUCUGUCACUCAGCUAUGGAUGGAUGAUGAUCGUCAGUGAUGGAGGCCCCCAACCCCAGUGCAGUGCACCUGAGUGACUGGCAGGAAAGUUACUUUGCUGUCACCUCUGGCACCUGCACGCCCGGGCAGAAGGCAGACGGAUACCGUGCCAAGAUCCUGCGCAUUCAGUAUGCAUGGGCAAACUCCGAGAUCUCCCAGGUCUGUGCUGCCAACCUGUUUAAGGAGUACGCAGAGAAAUACUCUGCGAUUAUUGACUCUGGCAACGCAGAGACUGGCUUGAAUAACUAUGCAGAAAACAUUUUGACUUUGGCAAAAUGUCAGCAAAGUGACAGUGACAAGUGGCAAUCUGCCUUGACAACAGAUAAUGUGUUUGAAUUAAAGUGUGUGCGAGAGAGGAUGCAGGCUGGCAAAAUUUUCCAGAGCUCUCAGAUGGCACAGACAGAUGCCCGUGUACAAGCUGAUAAAGGGGUCAGCGCCUCCGCUGCUCCAGCUCCUCCUAAACUCGAUGUCUUUGGCAGUACCAGGGAGACUGAGCUCACUGCUGGCUCAGCAAAAUGUGCAAGUCAGGGACCAGAUCUUCUUGGGCAUCCCUCAUCUUCCAAGUCCCUUCAAAGCAGUGUGCCUUCUGUGACAAGAACUUCAGACACACUUCCUGCUGCUUCAGCCGCUUUAAGCAAACAGGUUCUUCCAGGUUUCCAGGCAACUCCACUCUUUGGAAGUAAAGAAGCCACUAAUAGUAGUUCUCUGAAAACGCCAGGUAACUGUUGUGAUGGACAAAAUUCGUCUCUUUUCAGCCAGUCAGGUGUACCUGCCUGGUCUGCAAAUUCUGGGAAAAGAAAAGCAUUCUAUGGUCUGGCUGAUGAAGGCAGCACAGCUAUUCCUAGCCUUGCUCCAUGUCAGGCUUCCAUUUCUACAGAAACUAAUGGUUUUUCAGGGCAGAGAAACAGAAAUGAAGAGAGCAGUGCUCCUGGGUUUAAAACGGCAAAGGAACAGCUGUGGAUGGAUCAGCAAAUGAAAUCUCAAAACCAGCGUGCACCAGUCUCAUCAUAUGGAGGAGUAAAAAAAUCCUUGGGUGCAGGCAGGUCUCGGGGUCCAUUCAGCAAGUUUGUGCCUCCAGUUCCAAAGCAAGAUGGAAGUGAAAAUGGAGGAGCACAGUGUAAGCCUCGUGUAGGGGAAUCAACAGACCCAUUGCUGCCUGUGGAUGAACGGCUGAAAAACAUAGAACCAAAAAUGGUUGAACUCAUCAUGCACGAGAUCAUGGACCACGGGCCUCCAGUCAGCUGGGAUGACAUUGCUGGAGUUGAGUUUGCCAAAGCUACUAUAAAAGAAAUAGUGGUGUGGCCCAUGCUGAGACCAGACAUCUUCACCGGCUUGCGUGGUCCUCCCAAAGGAAUUCUGCUCUUCGGGCCCCCUGGGACUGGCAAGACCCUCAUAGGCAAGUGCAUCGCAUGCCAGUCUGGAGCAACUUUUUUUAGUAUCAGUGCUUCCUCUCUGACUUCCAAGUGGGUGGGUGAGGGGGAGAAGAUGGUCCGUGCACUGUUCGCUGUGGCGCGGUGUCAGCAGCCAGCAGUGAUUUUCAUCGAUGAGAUCGAUUCCCUGUUGUCCCAGCGUGGAGAGGGGGAGCACGAGUCAUCCAGGAGAAUAAAAACUGAAUUUCUGGUGCAGUUAGAUGGGGCAACAACCUCCUCUGAAGAUCGUAUCCUGGUGGUUGGAGCAACAAAUCGACCCCAGGAAAUUGAUGAAGCUGCCCGAAGGAGAUUGGUGAAGAGACUGUACAUCCCUCUCCCAGAAGCCUCUGCCAGGAAGCAGAUUGUCACCCGGCUGAUGGCGAAGGAGCACUGCUCUCUGAAUGAAGAGGAAAUCAAACUCAUAGUCCAGAAAUCCGAUGGCUUUUCUGGGGCAGACAUGACACAGCUCUGUCGGGAAGCAUCUCUGGGCCCUAUCCGCAGUCUGCAGUCCAUGGACAUUGCAACUAUCACGCCGGAGCAGGUACGGCCCAUCUCUUUCCUGGACUUUGAGAGUGCCCUGAGGACGGUGCGGCCCAGCGUGUCCCCCAAGGACCUGGAACUCUAUGAAACCUGGAACCAGACGUUUGGCUGCGGCAGAUGAGCUGCAUCACAGCUGUUUCGCAGGAGCAGUUUAGGAUUUCAGCACUGCCACGUAUUAAACCUGUGGCAAUUUAGUGCAUCUGUGCUUCAUUUUGUUUCUGUCCUGGAAUUAAACCUCCUCAUGUUAUGUGGGCAGAUGUCCAGGCUCUGGCUGAGGCCUUGCCAGCUGAAAAGACUGUCAGGAACUGCUGCUCAUGAUACGAGAAAUUGCUGAACAGCAGUGGCAUUGAGAGGUUGACAGAAUUUACAGAUUGCUGGGAGAGAUGGAAACAAAUUCCACUGAUGUUUAAGGGGAAGGUUAUCAAACCUCACAAAUAAUUGAAAGGAAGAUUGGGGAGAUCUUGCAAGGUCCACCAUGCUGUAUCAGUAAGGGAUUCAAGUAAUAGCAGAAAUACCUGUUUUGGGUAGGAGCAUGGCAAAACUGGGAUGGAUGGGGAAGAGUAAUUAGAGGUGCUUUGUCUGGGAGGAGAUAGGAGCAGAGGGAGGAGAGGGUGGAGAUGGAUGUGGACUUGUAUGGAAAAAUGGAAGGGGGGACAAAAGAGGAAUGUCUCUUGAGCAUUGCUCUUGUCUGACAGCCUUUUGCCUCAUCGUUGCAGUCAAUCCCAGCUUCUCAUUAAAAGCUUUUUUGAUGA